UUUCCGGUCCCGCUCCUCCCCUCUCCGCCCUUCCCCUCCCCGCCCCGCCCGCUCCCGCCGACUGCCCUUUUCCUUUCGGUUUUUCCGAACUGGGAGCCGGCGGCCUGGCCCGGCCAUGGAAAGCGGCGCCGUCUACAACCAGACCACGGAACCGGAGGCCAAGGCGCCCCGUCGCUGGCCCCGCUUCGGCUUCACCCUGCGGCGCCUGUGGGGAUGGCGGCUGCCGAUCAAGGUGAUCCAGACGAUUUUCUCUUUAGUGGCUGUUGUUUGUGAAGAAAUUGUGGACGAUUGCCGCUCUUGUGGUGGACUUUACUUAUUUGAAUUCAUAAGCUGCAGUGCCUUUCUUUUGAGCCUCCUGAUUCUGUGUGUGUAUUGCACUGAUUUAUAUAAAUCACUGGGAGAAGAUAAAGUGCAGAAACUGAAUUUUUUGGCUGUGCCAGUCAUAGGUGCCUCAUUUCUGCUAGCGUCAAUAGUAUUUUCUGCAACGUGCUCUGGCUCUGCUGUUGAAAGUGUUGCAUAUGUAUUUGGAUUUUUUGCAGCUUUAGCAUUUGCAGCGGAAUUUGGUAUAGAGCUCUUUCUCAGGCGAAAACAAAAACACCUUGAUGAACGCCCUGGAAAGCCUGGUAACACUCCGAGUUCCACAGAAAAUCAGCCAUUGAAUAAAAAACGCUAACUUUCUGAAAAUUUUUUUUUUUUUUAAUAGGAGCAAAUUAAAAUGAACUUUCAGUGCACUGUAGGUAACAACUUCUGUUUUCUUGUUCUAAUUGAUUUUGUACGCAUUGCUCAUCACAAAUUUUUAUGGAUUCUUGGGCCAGGUAAUGGCAUCUUGAGCAUCAUGUUCUAAGGAAACUGGUCCUGCCACCUGUUGGGAUGACAGGCACUAAAACACCUUGGGUCUAAACAGAAUCACUUCAGGACAGCAGUGUGCUGGUUUGAUUUUGACAGAGAUGACGAAUAAAAGUUAAUGUCUGAGGCAUAAAUUGCUAGCUAUAACCUAAAGAUAUUUCCUGGUUAACUGGAGCAGAUGCUUCUGUUGUGACUUAUAAAUUAGCAUAGCAGAAUUAGUUUUUGUACUUCUUGGUCAAACUGAAUGUAAAAGGGAUACUUAACUGGAAUCUUACAGGAAUGUUUAUCCUUAAGUAAGAGAUUUUUGGUUGUUUUUACUACUCCUAUGUCUCAGUUCUGUCUAUGGAGAUCAGUUUAAUGGUAUAGUGACUGACUGUAGGGGGCUUAUGGGGAAGGUAAUAUAAAUAGUAUAUUAAGGAGACAGUUUUGCACCCCAUGAUUGUCAAAGUUUGGACUUGUAUGCCAGAAUCUUCUUUUAGAUUGUUUCAAAAGCUGUAACAGUUGCAGGAAGAAACUUGAAAAGCCAGCAGUGAGAGGAGUAAGAUAAAGAAUAAAUAUUUACAUGAAGCAACUCCAAAAGCAGCAAUCUGAAUAUCAACGGGAAAAACCUUACAGCAUGUUUGUUCUACCCUGGUAAAUAUUACUUGCAAAGUUAAUACUAUAUGCAGCUUGUUUAUGUAUAGAUAAUGCUAAGUUUUGCCAGAAUGGUUUUGAACCUCACCAUUUUCUGUGUUUAUAAAUAUGGCAGUAACUUGAGACUCCUUGCUGCUGACUAGCUCAGUUGGUUAACAGGUAAAUAAGCACUUGCCCCCUUGAUUUGUUUUGCAAGCAACAGUGUGUAGGAACACUACUGAUGGGACACAUAUUGGACAAGUGGCAGAUGUGUGAGACCAGAUGCUGAUGACUGUAAAAGAAAUGAAGUGCUGAAAAAGCAUUUUUCUGUCUGAUUUAAAAGCAGGACUGCCAUGUUCCAAAAUAUCAAAGCAAAUGACAAAAAGCUGAUUAUGCAAAAACAAUUCUUGUUUGAGUGCUUGAGACAUUUGCCGUGUCUCCCAGGUGAUAACUGCAUUGUACUGAUAUCCCGAUUUGGCAUGUUCCCUGUCCUGUAAAAUGUUGUGGCAGCACUGAGAACAAGCCCUCCAGAAACUGGCUGAGCUGUAUUUGGGAAAGGAAGAGGAAGCUGUUUUAAGACAAAGGACUAUAAUAGCAAGUCAAAGUUGGUGGGUUUUUUUUCCAUUGCUGCCACUUUCUGAUGAGUGUGAGUUUGUGAUGUUCUCUCUCUCUAUGGCCUGAGACUUAAGCUUAACACUACACCUUGGAGAAUGUAAAGUUUUGCCAGGUGGUGUGAAGCACCAAGUUAAAGCCGUACCUUGUUUUGGAGCCACACAUAGAAGAGAUUCUUUCUUUCAUAGAAUUUUCUGUGUUGUAAAGAAGAAAUGCUCUUUGGACUGGCUUUUUUCCCCCCUUGCAUUUAUUAGCAUCUGUUUGCACUAAAACCUGAUUUCAGUCAGCGCUUGCUGUCGCUGAUAACUGGGUAGAUUAGAGAUGUUUGGCUUAUAAGCAGAAACCGUAUUACUGGUUGUCUUGUGUUGCAAUACAGAAUGUGACCACUCCAAACCAGGACACUGGUGAUACAAAAUAUCCAUAAUGAGAAAUAUCUCCUCUGUGAUCUUCAAUGUCUUACUCUGGGGACUGUGCCCAUAUAAGUAAAAUUCCAACAGUCUUGCUUUGUUUUCUUUUUAUUGUCCAGAGUCAUACUGAAUUUUGUUCCACACCGAAAUAUCUAUAGUCUUUAAAACUUCAUCUGUAAUUGGUAGCUGUAAAUAUAGUGUAAGAGUAACACCGUGCUGCUAAGUAUUUAUUAAGCAAUGCAGCACCGUGAAUGGACUUUUAUCUUGAGGUAAUAUUUCCUGUUAUUUUUCUCAACCUGAAGAUAAGUUAAUUGAGAUCUGGGUUUUGGUUGCUUUUUCUAUGGGCUUUUCCCCACCUAAGUGAUGUGUUACUGAUGUCUAUUUUUGGAGAUACAGAAAGAGAUCUGUAAAGUCAUAUUCCAGCCUUGGCAGUUUACCUGGCAAUAGUCUGUCACAUAGUAGUUAAAUACUAGGAGCAAGUCGCAUAAUGGUUGUUGGUUUAUGGCAGUUGCCUAAAAUGUUGCUUCCAAACUAAUUGUUGGCUAACAUGCAUCAUGGUCCUUGCACCUCACAAGGUGUUUUAAAAUAGUUGAGAAGCAGGUUUGCAUGUGUGUGCGCUGUUUUCUGCUUCUGUGAGGUUAUUUUUUAAACGGCUUUGUCAGCUUCUUGUAGCCUAGUUUUCCUUAUCACUCCUAGCUCCUCUGCCCUCCCAGUCUAGGUGAGGGAGAGGCUUCCUUGCUGCAGUGACUGAGCAGUCUUGACAUGCCCCUUUGAUCCCUCUGGUGUCAGGUGCUGGCUUUGAAUGUCUGUCUCUUAGACUGAUCCUGGAGAAUGCUGUUGGAGCUGGACUAAAUGUCUGGUUCUGCAGGAGCUCUCUGUGUAUGGCUGGAUGCCUCAUCCCUCGUGCUCUGUCAGCAAAGCGCUUUGCUUGUUUCCCAGCCUGCUUCUGACAAAAUCAGCCAACCUUAUUUAAGCCACCUAUUUAAAUUGCUUCCAUUAAGGUGGUUGAUUUUGGCUGAAGUGGAUUAGGGAUUGUUCAGGAGAGUGAUGGGAGCUCUGGCAGAAGUGCUAUUGGAUACAAUUGCCUCAAAUUUCUUCUGUUGGCAAAGUGACCGUCUCUGUACAUCAUAGCUGGUAGUAAAGCCUGUUGGAAAGAAGCAGCUGUCCCAGUACAUCUAUCUGGGGAUUGUCUUCUCCAUUUCUCACCACAGUGCUUGGCAGUGGUGUUGGAGCCUGCUCGAACACUCAGCUUUGAUGUUUUCCAGCUGAACCUGUCAAGCUUAAGGCUCUGCAGCCUUACAGGCUCGACAGCCACUUUCAAGGCUUUUUUUGCAGUGCCUUGAGAAUCAGUGGAGAGGAUUUUUCAGGAUAUGUGAGGACCUGUCCAGUGGGCUAUGAGCUUCCACUCAGAAGUUCUGUACUGGGCAUUGCGUAGAUUGUGAAUGUUAAUUUUUGUGUUUGACGUUUAGCCCACAUUAAAAUCACAGUGCUACUGGUGCCCUUUGGUUUGGAGUAUGGGAAGGAAUCGUGCCUUACUGCCUGUACCCUGUGCUUCAAAAGAGCAGGGAAGAAUCUGUUACAGGUGAGUUCUACCUUCCAACCUGAAAGAGCAGUGAGCAAUCUCACGCAAUUCUCAGAGCUCAGCACAAAAUGGUUUUGCAUAAUGGCUGCCAUGGUGAUCCUCGUUCAAAUUUGUGCAAUAAAUACUAAGAUUUCUACACAGAGGGGAAAUUCUUAGUGAAAUUUUUCAAAGAUUCUAUAAAAUUAGUGAAUCAAGAUGCUGAUAGUGCCUUUAAGAUAGAAAUUCAUAUCUUUUUUAGUCUAUUGCUGUAAACAUAAGCAGCUCUCUGGAUAUUAAAUUUUAUGCUGGACAGAGCUAUACAUCACUUUUAAUACCAUUAAGAAUUUAAGUGAUUUUUAGUUAUUAAUUAAGCAGGAUGAUAAUGCAUUAGUUUUUAUAUAUACAAAGGAAGAAUUUUAUAGUUUUGUUUCCAGUGUUGCCUUGAAUUUCCAUCUAAAUAAUUUUAAAUGUUUAAAUAUUUUUUAUCAUUCUAAACCUGUGAUCUUUUCUAAUGUGUUGUUUUCUUGAUCUAAGGAACUUUAUAAAAUAUUUUGUAAUAAUUUUUUAAAAUAAAGGUUUAGUAAAUAAGUA